AUGGCUGCCAGAAAUCUGUGCAUACUUCUUGGUUUCUUCGCAGUUGCUGCAUCUGCGCAGUUAAGUUCUAAGUAUUGUCCACAUGAGCAGCCUGACGUUAACUACAAGGCUUGGUCUUCUGAGAGCAGCUGGACCUCUGGGAAAUUACCGGAAGCUACAACCGACGUCACUUUAGAUGACGGGGUCUACCUCUUGGAUACGUCGGUUGACGUCAGAAGCGUCACGGUUGCCAAGGACGCUACCCUCGUGUUUAAGGACGUCGACCUCACUGUCAAGACUCGCUACAUCCUGGUCCGUGGGGCGCUUUAUCUUGGCUCUGAAACGUGUAAACUCAAAAGCACCAUUGAUAUUACCUUAUAUGGUAAUAAAGGAGAUGUUUCAAUAACUGGUUUUGGAGAGAAAUUCAUUGGAGUAGAUAGCGGGGGGAUACUCCAUCUUCACGGGAAUGAAAAACUGCCGUGGAGUAAACUGACCCAGACAGUCAGGAAAGCGAAGGACGGAGAGAUCUCAGAUAUUUACAACGAAGAUGGUGUCAAAAAAGCCCACUUUCAAGGAAUUGUGAUGUAUAUCUGGAACGCAGAAUCCGGGGAGCUUGAGGAAGCGAAGCGUGCGUACGCAGCUGGUCGAUACACUGUCACCAGGGCGGGAAAUCAGUGCGAGACUGAACGGGAUGCCAAACAGUUUGAAGAAAUGCUUAACGAUGUACCCGACGGUAAAAUUGUUGGAUUGGCUUUAGUACGACAUCUUUUGCACAGAAAUGUCAAUUACGCCAUGUUCUACGAAAUCUUUGAAAACUUUGCCUUCGGGAGAGUGACGGGCAACAGCGGUGUACGCGAUCUACGUCUACACGAUGCUUGGUCCUUCAUCAUGAAGAAAGGUGACAGCUCUACAGCCCAAGAAUUACUUUUGAAAGACGAUAAGGUAAAACUGGAGCGUGCUGCCGAGUUAUACCAUUAUGAAAAUAACAUCAAGUUUACCGUCAGGAGCUGGGUUCACACUAUACGACGUGGUGCCUGCUACUCACGAGGAAAGAGCGCUCAGGCUGAUAUCGCGGAUCCAAAAUUAUCGCUGACUGGUGACGUCACUUCCUGGAAAGAUGGCGAUGAGGUGGUUCUCCUGUCGACCGAUUAUGACCCCAAACAAGCGGAAGUGACGACAAUUAAACAAUGUAAUGACUGCAGUACGAAGGAGACAAGAAUCAAUCUUGAGCCUUUGUUUUCACACUUUGGACAAAUGGUUAAUGGCGUCGAUAUGCGAGGAGAAGUUGCUCUACUGAGCCGUAAUAUUAAAAUCCGAGGGGCUCCGGCUUCUAAUAGCAAGACACUCGGGGGGCAUAUCAAGGUUCUACAGGGUUUUAAAGAAGCACAGGUCGAGAAUGUGGAGCUGGUCAACAUGGGUCAAUUAGAUAGCUUAGGAAAUUAUCCAUUCCACUGGCAUAUGUGUGGUGACGUCACAAACUCGUAUAUUCGGGGUAGUGUUAUCCGGGAUUCUAAUGCACGAUGCGUGACUAUUCAUGCCACAAAUGGUGCCGUGGUGGAGAAUAAUGUCUGUUUUAAUGCCGUGGGACAUGGAUACUUCUUGGAAGAAGGUGGCGAGGUGAACACAGUAUUAAGUGGUAACCUCGGAGCCGGAACUAUCCGAACAAAUUCACUGACCAAAACAGACAUAAUGCCUUCAACCUUUUGGAUUACGAAUCCCAAAACAACUUUGAAAAAUAAUGUUGCUGCCGGAAGUGACUACUCUGGAAUCUGGUACGUGUUUCCUGACGAGCCUAUUGGAGCCUCCUACGGAGUGGUGAAAACAAUGCAAAAAGACGAAGCCAAACGAACACCCAUCAGAGAGUUCACCAAUAAUGUCGUCCACUCAAAUCGUGUGGCUGGACUUCUGUUCGAAAGGCGUCUAGAAAACAACACAGCCUUUGGGUGGGGGACGAAAUAUACACCCCUUAGUGAUCCUCUGGACGAGAAUUCCGCCCCAAAGGCAGCGGUCUUCAACAGAUUAACGGCCUAUAAGAAUGAGAGAUUCAAUACUUGGUUUGAUGCCGCCAAUAUCCAUGUGACACAAUCGUCAUUCUCCGACAGCUUGAUAUCAUUUGCAGUGAUCAGGAGUAGCGAUGGUCCUCAUUGUCUGGUAACUAACAGCGUGUUCAUGGGAGAAUCUAUCAACCUUGGAGAACCCUCUAUCAUCAGAGGGAAUGGCAUGGUAAAAACUUAUCCCCGGGCUGUACCACUGAUGAUGGCGAACCAGCCCCGUCAAGGUUUCGUGUUUUAUGAUCGAGCAGUCAGUCUGGAAGAUUCGUGGUUUGGUAACUAUGCUAGUACAGAUGAUUACAAUGCUGGUGCACUUGGUUUUCAAAGAAACAACAUGAAACUGGCUGCCAGUGGAGCUUUUACCAAAGGGCUUCUCUGGGGAUUUAAUGAUGCUUCUGAAGGAAAUCGAGUGUUCGACGGAAAUGCCACUGACCUCGGUUUCACGGCGUUUGACGGCGAUGACAUAGUUGUCAUAAAUGACCUUGAUGGAUCUACCACAGGUACAAAAGGUAAUUCUGUGGUCAAACCUAUACCAUUCCACAUGACUGAACAGUGCGAAGAAGUCGAUAAUUGGAAAAUGGCGAUUUGUCCACAUGCAUUUGGCCAAGUUAGAGCCACAUAUGAAGGGAUCGUGACUGACGAGAUCACAGUCUCGCGAGAUGAUGACCCGGAUGACCCUAUCACGGGAGACAAAAGGUCAUAUGCACCUUUCCUGACAAUUCUUGGAGGGAGUCAUAGUUACUUAGUCCGCUCCAACGCCAAGAAAGCACCACGCUGGAUGAAAUUUCAUUUCCUUGGCUUGUCAAAAUCCAACUAUGCAACUUUAGCUGUGUGUAUUCCAUCCAAAGCAACAGCCAGCGUAUCUAUGUACAAUUUGGAGCUUAAUAAAUGGGAAAAGGGUAUAGCAGUGUCAUCGUAUGAAGACUUUAAGAAAAGCACGUCUUUCAGAGACUAUUUCGUAGACACAGCAGUAGGAGUUGUGUUUGUGAAUGCCAUGCACGUCCGUGAACAGCUAGAUACGGACAGAGGGAACUGCCUGGACGACAAGUGCCCGUAUGUAUAUAUUUCUAACAAAGAUGGCGACAGAACAGACAUGGAUUGCUCUGACCGAUUUUAUGCCAAAUACAAGAAAGACAAAGUCCAAUCUUCACGUAAAAAGAGGGAAACGACAGCCUCGAAUGAUGAAUUCUCCGCUACACAACGCAGCCCACCAUCUAACUGGGGAGCUGGAUCAACUGCAGCUUAAGUUCCUGACCAUGCUUUCUGUAAUACAUAGAUUCUGUUUACUACGAAAUAAAUGAUUUA